AUGGUAAAGGACUCAGCGUCUCAAAAAAUCUCAACGGCCGGUGGUUUCAUCGCUGGUGGGUUAGCUGCAUGUGGUGCAGUCACAUUCACAAACCCCAUUGAAUUGGUUAAAACCCGUAUGCAGUUACAAGGCGAAUUGGCUAAAACUAAGGGACCCAAGAUAUACAAGAACCCGUUACAGGCACUGUUUUUGAUAUAUAAAAAUGAAGGUCUGAGAGGUAUUCAAAAAGGUUUGACUUGUGCAUAUAUCUACCAAAUCGGUUUGAACGGUUGUAGAUUGGGUCUAUACGAACCUUGUCGUAACAUUAUCAACCCAAUUUUUUAUCCAAAUGAAGAUCCCCGCCGUGUCCAAAAUAUCCCAAUCAAUAUAUUUGCAGGUGCAUUGUCCGGUAUAGCAGGUGCAAUUAUCGGAUCACCAAUGUACUUGGUCAAAACCAGAAUGCAGUCGUACUCCUCGUCGAUCCAGAUUGGGGAACAAACCCAUUACAAAUCGGUCUGGGAUGGCUUGUGUUCAAUCUACAAGGCCGAAGGUUUUACUGGUCUUUUCCGUGGUGUCGACGCAGCUAUUCUUAGAACCGGUGCAGGUUCAGCUGCUCAAUUGCCUCUCUACAACUUCACCAAACACGAGAUGAUGAAGACUGAUUUCUUUGGAACAGGUGCCUCCCUACACUUGAGCGCAUCAAUUGUUGCUGGUUUGGGUGUUGGUAUUGUCAUGAAUCCCUGGGAUGUCAUUUUGACCAGAGUCUAUAACCAAAAGGGAGACUUAUACAAAGGUCCGAUUGAUUGCUUGCUGAAAACCGUCAAAAGUGAAGGUUUGUUUGCUUUGUAUAAAGGUUUUGGUGCUCAAAUUUUGAGAAUUGGUCCUCAUACAGUCUUGACUUUGAUGUUCAUGGAGCAAACAAUGUCUUUGGUCUACGCUGUCGAAAAGAAAAUCUUGAAGGCUUGA